GUCUCUUCACUCUGUUUCCUGCGAAUCCGGAACAAGAUGACUGGUAAGCGAGGCCGGAAGAGAAGAAAUGCUCCCAACGCGUCUCAGAGAGCCGUUGGUUCCACCGCUACAAACCGUAGACCUAAAAAUCUGCGCCUCGAUCCUCCUCCGUCUCCACAUCAGAACUCUGAGGCUCAGAGUCACGCGUUUGGCUGUUCCUCUCAAGGUAACAACUUCCAAAACGAAUUGCCGGAUCUCCAGGAGGAUACGCUUGAGGCUCUGACUGCUCUGCUUAUGGUGCCGGACCGUCAUCUGUUUACAACCGUUCUCUCUCCAACACCGUUGCCAGACACGACGUGGUUUGAUUGGGACGAGAAAUCAAGACUGGACUUGUUCAAGAGGCACAUGGUCGUGUUUGCAGUUGGAACUUCUUUAGCAUCUGUUGCUACUGCUUGGAUUGAUAUUCAAGUUCUUGAUUGUGAUGUCCGGAGAUUAAGUUGCCUAAAUGAUGCUUGCUUAAGAACUGUUUUGGCGUAUCUCGUCAAGUUCUUUGCUGUUUUAAUUUCAGCUCAUAUUGAUAUAGCCUUUGAUGCUUUGGUCUUAUGUGUGUUUGUAUUGUAGAGUUGGAUAAUAGAUCUUGUUGGCGUGUCAUCAUUUUCUUCCGGUAGAAAUAACCAUGAGGCAGUUUUUGGAGCAGAAAAAGCAUGAAAGAGUAAGACAAGGAAGAAGAAUUGAAAUCAAAAGAGUUAAUUAAG